AUGAUUUGUCCAAAUGUUCAAAAAGACAUUGUGAAUUCUUGUGCUAAAGAAACGUUGAAAGCAAUUGUUGAAGACUUAAAUGGAGAUUACUUUGGAAUAUUAGUUGACGAGUCUAAAGAUGUCUCCCAUAAAGAACAAAUGACCCUUGUUCUGCGAUAUGUCAACAAAGAGGGUAAGCUUAUUGAGCGAUUUCUUGGUGUUGUUCAUGUUAAAGAUACAUUUGCACGGUCACUAAAAGAUGCUAUAUGUUCUUUGCUUUUAGAGCAUAAUUUAAGUUCUUCUCAUAUUCGGGGACAAGGUUAUGAUGGAGAUAGUAAUAUGCAGGGAGAAUUCAAUUGUAUUAAAACUUUGAUUAUGAAAGAUACUCCUUCGAUAUAUAGUGUACAUUGUUUUGCUCAUCAGUUACAAUUGACUCUUGUAGCUGUUGCAAAGAAGCAUCAUGAGCGCAGGGAGAUGCUUAGAGAUGAUCAAAUAAAAAAAUUAGAAGAGUUAUUGAUGCUCGGUGAAGUUCAUACAGGAAGCGGAUUGAAUCAAGAACUUGGACUUCAAAGCGCAGGAGAUACUCGUUGGAGUUCUCAUUUUAAAAUAGUGCGUAACUAUAUUAAAUUAUUCUCCUCAAUUAUUCAUGUACUAGAAGUUCUUGCUAAGGAGGGUUCAAAUUACCAAGAGAAAUCAUUAGCAAAGAGUUUAGUAGAUGACAUAAGAUCUUAUGAGUUUGUGUAUACGCUGCAUUUGAUAUUAAAAGUGUUGGCAAUUACACAUGAUUUGAAUAUGGCUUUGGAAAGAAAAGAUCAAGAUAUCGUUACUGCUAUAAACCUUGUUGGUUUCAUAAAGAGAGUUGCAAUCUAUGAGAGAUUCUAA